GAAUUCUUUGGACCGUUUUUUUUAUUGGGUUUCACUCUCUCUCUCUAAAACACACACUUCACGCACUAGUUAUCGCAGAAAACACACUACUCGUCUUCCCAAAUUUCACCGAGAAUUAGCGGAUCCUUCCUCUCUUUCUGAUUCUAUUGGAUGCGUGGAUGUGUAUGAAUUUUCUGUUGGAUCUGCGAGUGAUCGGGUGGAAUUUGGGUGUUUCUGCAGUUGGAUUGAAAUUCGUUGAGCUCGGUUCGUGGCCCAUCAAUAACCAAGUCAAAUGCGGUGUUCGGAUUUAGAGUUAUUCCAGUUUCAAUGCAACCGUUCGAAAAAUUCAAAAUUUCAAUUCGAAGAGCUGAGAAAUGGUUCUUUUUCUGAUGUACAGUUCCAUCACUGAAAAGUGUAAUUUCGUUUCACUUGAAUACAUCCCACAGCUACUGAUUCAUCCUGGAUUCAGACAGUUCCUACCUUGUUAUAGGGUAGCUUAUAAUGAUUUGUGGAAAAAAUCCUGAAGAAAAUUGCCAACGAGUUGGAGGAGGCAUAGACAUAAAUUUAUCAGCCAAAUAUGGAAACUGAUAGGACAGGCAACAAUAACCCUUCAGAUGUUGCAAAAAAUGGUCUGCAAAGAGCUCGACCUUUACAUGGGAGAACGAGUGGCCCAACACGGCGUUCGACGAAGGGACAAUGGACUGCAGAAGAGGAUGAGAUAUUGCGAAUGGCUGUUCAACGCUUCAAAGGAAAAAAUUGGAAGAAGAUAGCGGAGUGUUUCAAGGACCGAACAGAUGUUCAGUGCCUGCAUAGGUGGCAGAAAGUUCUUAAUCCAGAGCUUGUCAAAGGUCCAUGGUCGAAAGAGGAGGAUGAAGUAAUAAUUGAAUUGGUCAACAAAUAUGGACCCAAAAAGUGGUCUACGAUUGCAAAUCAUCUUCCUGGGCGUAUAGGGAAGCAGUGUCGUGAAAGGUGGCACAAUCAUCUUAAUCCCAACAUAAACAAGGAAGCUUGGACACAGGAUGAGGAAUUGACAUUGAUCCGUGCCCAUCAAAUUUAUGGAAACAAAUGGGCGGAGUUAACUAAGUUCUUGCCUGGGAGAACUGACAAUUCUAUCAAAAACCAUUGGAAUAGUUCUGUCAAGAAGAAAUUGGACAUGUAUUUAGCUUCGGGAUUACUUUCACAGUUCCAAGGUCUGCCUCUUCCUAACCAGUCAGAAGCUUCCUCCUCUUCAAAGGCACAACAAAGCAGUGAAGACAAUAGUAUUGUUAGAGGCGGAAUAGAAGCAGAGGAAGCUUCUGAAUGCAGUCAAGGUUCUAACAUUGCUACUAUUUCUCGAACUACAAGCAACACAACUGUACAUCCUGUGGGGGACUGUAGAAUAGCUGAAGAAUCAAAUUCAAUUCAGUACUCUGAAGAUUAUCGUCCAGCAAUUCAAGAAGCAGCGUUUUCUAUACCAGAAGCACCUUGUGAACUGAGUGACAAGUUUCUUGAGCAUGAUUUCUCUCUAGAUUGGGGUGCCUUAGCGGGGAAAGAUUGGCAAUUACAUCCUAAUGAACUACCUGACAUGUCUUUGCUAGAUCUGGGGCAAGAGUCAUCCGAAAUGUUUGUCUUAACAUCUUCAAGUGGCCAGAAUACUAAUCAUGAAGAAGUACCCUUUCAGCAAGAAUCUCAUAUGCCAUCAGGGACUUUUACUUCCAUGGUAAACAUGGCUGUAGAUGCCGAUACCCCAAAUAUGAUUGCUACUUCAGACUGCAGGAUGUUAUACACUGAUGCUGAUCAAGGUGGAUGUUGCCCUUCUGAAGUCAUAAACCACAUAGAAGCAUUGCUCCAGCAUUCUUCAAUGCUUCAGUUUUCUGAAAAUGAGACUUUUGCUUCACAAUCUUGUUAUACGCCUUCUGAUAUGCUGGCUGCUUCAUUUCCUCAAUCUGUUCCCUUCCCUGUGCAAGUUCCUGCUGCUGAUGGUCAGCUCAUGUUUGAUACUGAUCCAAAUCAGUACAGUACUUUACAUGCAGAUCAGGAAGCUAAUCCACCAAGUACACACGAUGGCUUUAUAUAUCCCAAGGAAUCCGAUCGCUUGCAAUGUGAAGAUAACUCCGUUGAGGAAAAGGAAACACCCAAGCUGGUUUCAGUUAAUGAUUUUGUCUUGACAUCAUCCAAUGAUUCUGAGAGUUGUCCUUUGAUGGGCAAAGAUACUAAAACUGAAGAACAGAAGGAUUCUGGAGCUUUAUUCUAUGAGCCCCCACGUUUUCCAAGCUUGGAUAUACCAUUCUUCAGUUGUGAUCUUAUACAAUCAGGUAGCGAUAUGCAUCAAGAGUACAGCCCACUCGGCAUCCGCCAACUGAUGAUAUCUUCCAUGACUCCAUUCAAACUGUGGGAUUCACCGUCCAGAGAUGAUAGCCCUGAUGCUAUUCUCAAAAGUGCUGCCAAAACUUUUACAGGCACACCAUCAAUAUUGAAGAAAAGACACAGAGACUUGCUGUCUCCUUUGUCUGAAAAGAGAGGUGAAAAGAAGCUUGAAGGACCUAGAAACCAAGAAUCGUAUUCGAACAUGACCAAUUGUUUUCCCCGGUUAGAUUUUAUGUUUGAUGAAUGUAUAGACAAAAAAGGACAACUGGUUUCACUAUCGCCAAACAGAAGAAGCUUUGAAGUGUCUUGUAUGGAAAAGGAAAAUGCUGCUCCUGCUUCUGGACAGGAACCAAAUGAAGGCAAUAAAAGCAUUGUCAUUUCAGAAAGGGAAAUGACAGCAGAAGGGUUUAAUAACAACGGCAGUGAUUGUUCGAACAGUAUGACUGAAAAGACAGCUCCCAUUGAUCUCAGAACUAACAGCGCCGCAGAAAAGGACUCGACUGAAUUGGCAAACGAGUCUUCUGGUGUCCUUCUUGAACAUGAUGUGAAUGACCUCCUAUUCUUUUCUCCCGACCGUUUUAUAAUCAAGAAUGAUAGAACGGUUUCUCUAAGUGCUAGAGCGCUCACAAAACAGUCUUCACGAAGAUUAGAUGCUUUGUCAAAACAUGGGGCCAUUUUAACUUCCUCGGAUACAUGCUUUUCUGUCCUUUGUUCUCCUCGAUUGUGUUCAAAGGACAGGACUAAUUCGUUUAUAACUCCGACUAUGCAAUCCUCGAGUCCUUCAGCAAAGAAAGUUGAGAGUUCUGGCAAAGGUCUAGCCAAUGAAAACAAUAACAUAUUUGUGGAGACACCAUAUAAGAGGACUAUGGAUUCUCCUUCUGCUUGGAAGUCCCCUUGGUUUAUCAACAAUUUUGGUCCAGGCCCAAGAGUUGAUACAGAUAUAACAAUUGAGGACAUUGGCUACUUCUUGAGUCCAGGGGAAGGAAGUUAUGAUGCCAUCGGGUUAAUGAAGCAAUUAGGAGAGCAGACAGCAGGUGCGUUUGCUGACGCCCAGAAGGUUCUCGGAGAUGAAACUCCUGAAACCAUAAUGAAGGGAAAAUGUCUCACAAACCAUGACGAAGAAAAAGAGCACGACCACAAUCCAGACUCUGCUUCAAGUUUCAUGACGGAGAGACGCACGCUUGAUUUUAGCGAAUGCGGAACACCUGGAAAAGAAUCUGCAAGAUUUUCAAGCAGCACCAGUUUCAGAAGCCCCUCUUCCUAUCUGUUGAAGAGUUGCAGGUAGAAGAAGGCAGGCAUCCAUGGUUAGAGCAAUCCUACUGUAAUAUAUAUAUGUGUCGUAUAAUCUAUAUUUUGAUUUUUUAUAUUCUUGGAUACCAUAUAUAACAAAAGGCAUAUGAUCAUGUAAAAUGCAUUGAUUUAUACAAUACCUUCAAUUUAUUUUUUGAGGCCAUCAACUUUGAUUGAA